CUGUCAACCUGCGACAAGGCGAGGCACAAUCGAGUCACCCCGCAGCGCUCGAAUUCCCACCGGCACAUUUUGAAUGCAGAGCUCGUGGAUACUUGCCAUCCGGUCUGUUCGACCAUCACGACGACUGGCCCCGACAUUGACCUUCCGCCCAACCUGCCUCUCCGCUCCCGCUUCCAGACGGUGCUUCCACAUCUCGUCACCGAGACCCCAGGACAUCAACCCCGCUAUCGAAGACAUGGCGCCAAAGGCCCCCAAGUUCGAGAUCAAGACCCCUAAGGGCACCAGAGACUGGUCCGGCGCGGACAUGGUCCUGAGGGAGAAGAUCUUCAACACCAUCACCAACGUCUUCAAGCGCCACGGCGGUGUAACAAUCGACACUCCUGUUUUUGAGUUGAAGGAGAUUCUUGCCGGGAAAUAUGGAGAGGAUAGCAAGCUCAUUUAUGACCUUGCCGAUCAGGGCGGCGAGCUCUGCAGUUUGAGAUACGACUUGACCGUCCCGUUCGCUCGGUUCCUGGCGAUGAACAAGGACAUUUCACAGAUCAAGCGUUAUCACAUUGCGAAGGUCUACCGAAGAGACCAGCCUGCGGUCAAGAAGGGCCGUAUGAGAGAGUUUUAUCAAUGCGAUUUCGAUAUUGCUGGACUCUACGACCCAAUGAUCCCAGACGCCGAGAUCAUCAGAAUCAUCAACGAAGUCUUCGAGGGCCUUGGCUGGCAAGGAAAGUACACCAUCAAGCUCAACUCACGCAAGAUUCUUGAUGGCAUCUUCCAGGUCUGUGGUGUUCCCGAGGCCUCCAUCCGCCCCAUCUCGUCCGCCGUCGACAAGCUUGACAAGAUGCCAUGGGAGGAUGUCCGCAAGGAGAUGGUCGAGGAGAAGGGACUUGCGCCAGAGAUUGCCGACAAGAUCGGAAAGUACGUCGUGCUCAAGGGCAAGCGGGACCUGCUCGAGCAGCUGCAAAAGGACGAGGAGCUGGCCGCCAACCCCUCGAUGCAACAAGGUUUCGCCGACAUGGAUCUCCUCUUCACCUACCUCGACGCCUUCAACGCCGGCCACAGUGUCUCGUUCGAUCUCUCACUAGCCAGAGGUCUGGACUACUACACUGGAGUUAUCUAUGAGGUUGUCACCGAGGGGUCAGCCCCCAAGGUUUCUGCUGCUUCUGCUGAUGCCUCGGCGGAAAAAUCCAAGAAGAAAAAGGGCAAGGCUGGGGAAGAUGAGGAUCGCUCUGAUGACCCGACAGUAGGCAUUGGCUCCGUCGCUGCUGGUGGAAGAUACGACAACCUCGUUGGUAUGUUCUCUGGCAAAACCCAGGUCCCUUGCGUGGGUAUCAGCUUCGGUAUCGACCGUAUCUUCUCCAUCAUGAGGGCGAACCAGGCCAAGAAGGAGAGGAAAAACGAGGUUGAUGUCUUCGUCAUGGCCUUUGGUGGCGGCAAGGACUUUACUGGUUUACUGAAGGAGAGAAGUGAGAUUGCGGCCCGUUUGUGGGACGCUAACAUCAAGGCCGAGUUCCUCUACAAGGUCAAGCCCAAGCUCCAAAACCAGUUCAAGGCUGCCGAGGCGAAUGGUGUGCCGUUUGCGCUUAUUCUGGGAGAGGACGAGCUGGCUCAGGGCAAGAUCAAGAUCAAGGAGAUGGGUCUGCCGGAGGAUCACCCGCUGAAGGAGGGAGAGCUGAUUGAUUUGAAGAACUUGACCAAGGAGGUGCAGGUGAGGAUUGAGAGGAAGAAGCAGCUGGAUGCUAUUGUUGAGCAGGCGGAGGGGUUGAGGGUUGUGGGGGGGAUCAAGGGGGAGGAUGUGAAGGUUGAGCAGCUGGCUAAGGAGGGAGAGGGGGGGGAGGAGGUUAAGGUCGAGAACUAAAGUCGAGAUGUCUUGAUGUGAAGAAACAAAAAUCAUAUUGAAAAAGUUGGUUGGGAUGGCUAUUAGCGGGAUAUUAGACAGCCUAUGUUUUUUUGACGGUAUAUUCAAAAGUUGCGUGACUUUUCUGCCCAUACCGCUGCAUACUAGGACAGAGAGAACUGGAAGCGUUCUAGUCUGGGGUACUUGGGCACGCCACUGGUCUAAUGGUUACCCAAUCUGAGACGCUAUCCCGAUCACGAUGGAAGUUUAUCAACAAGGAUUCCCCCACAAAACCUGCGACACACGCAAGACCCUACCGGCUGGUUGUUGGUGUUUUGAGCUGGGGGGAGAAGCCGGUGUGCUUGGCAGGGGUCAUAGCGGUGCGAGGAUGAUGGGGAGUGGUCAAGGGCUUUUGGGCUUUGGGCUCUCCGGUUGAAGGCUUGCAGCUACAAUGUCAUAGCUCUGGUUGGUGUUUUGACUUUUGAGUUUAUUAUGGGUAGUAAUGGGAUGUAAGUUUUGGAAGCGAUGGUGGUGGUGGUGGUGGUGGUGGGAUGGAAUUGAUGUGAAUGGGAAGAGUCUGGUGGCAUAUACACCCCCCCUCCUCUCUGUGGUAUUGGACGUUGGCGUGGCCGUCGCCCCAGAGAAAACAACUUGGUGGUCGGUGGGGAUAUACAUUCGGUGUUUAUGUAUUGAACAUCAUCAUCUCCUUUCUUUGGGUGUUUUUCAUGCUGAGCCGCUGGCUUUUGUCUGUGCCGUAUGAGGUUGAGAUUGCCCCUCUGUUGUUUGUUGAGGUUGCACUGGGGCGCGGGGUUGUUGUCGGUGGUGUUGAUACGACGUUCUGAUAAUGAGUGGUAGCGAAGGUGGUUUUUUGAUAGGGAGCUCCCGUCUCGUCUCUGGACUAGGGUUGGGAAGGGGGUUUGCAUGAGGAUGGGGGGUUGCACGAAAUCUCGGUGUUGGUUCAGGCCCUGGGUAGAGUGGUAGAGAUGGCUGAUUGUCGAUGUUUUACAUACCGUGACAUGGGAAUUGAUAUGAGGGCUUUUAAAAAAAGAGACAUGAAUGGGGGAAGGCUGUGGAAGUUGGAUGUGAUGAGGAUUGGCAAGAUUUGCGCGGGUGUGGCGCUCGGGUGAGAAGCAAGAAGAGUUGAGAUGAGAUGAGAUGAGAUGAGAUGACAGAUGACAGACAGACAACACGAUGC